AUGGAGGGCCGCAUCAAGGAGCUCCUGAUGCCCGUGCAGGAGGCUGUGGAAGGAAGCUGGUUCGCCAAGCUGAUGUUGCUGGUGCUGCUAAGCAAGGCCCCGGAGCCCAGCCCGCUCGUCAUCCUGCUUGCCGCCAUCAUGGUCUGGUCACCACCAGAGAGCCUUUGGCUGGCUGUCAUAGACUUCAUGCCCAAGCUGGCGAUACCCAGCGUAGAUCCCACCGGACAAGGCGUAACAGUCGCCUUGGCCCUAUGGGCAAUGUUCGUCGUGACUUAUUUCACGAAUGGAACGCUGCUGCUCGCAGUGGAAAAGCUGUUCCCACAGUUGGUGGGGGACUAUCGCAUCCAGACGUUGAAGUCAUCCAGCAGACCGACAAUGUCGGCUCUCUGGCAAAACUUGGCAAGGACGAGCUUCGUUGUGUUGCCAUUGCUGCUGGCGGCCUUGAUCCCUGUUUGGCAGCGACUACGCAUGCCAUCUGUUCUACCAGGGCCAUGGGAGAUGUUUGUUCACAUAGGAUUUGGUGUUAUUGUGAACGAGGUACUGUUCUUCUAUGGCCAUUGGCUAAUGCAUGCCAACAAGUUCUUGUACAGGCCAGGGAUUCCUUCCGGUGGCUUGCUUGGCGACAUAGCAGCACGAAAGCUCAUGUCCGUGUCCAGGUAUUGCAUCGAGGAGGUCGAUGGAAAGGGACUCGGUAUCAUCGCAAAACUCAGCCUAGAGGCUGGUGAUCUGGUAUUUGCUGAGACACCUCAGCUGACAUUCGAGACAGACUCCAGCCAGAGCAUGCAGAAGGUGAAGGAAGAAUUUCAGCGGAUGCCCUCAACAGUGAAAGAGGAGAUCAUGAGUUUGGAAGACGCGUGGUCUUCCAGGGGUCGCAAGACACUCCGUGGCAUUAUCGAGACAAAUGGCAUAGAGUGUGAAGCAACCGGUCGCAGCUCCAAUACAAAGGCAGUCUGCUUGAACUUAAGUCGCCUAAACCACUCUUGUAAUGCAAACUGCGACUAUAGUUGGAACGAGCGUGACCAGCAAAUGGAGAUUUAUGCGCAGACGGCCAUUAGUGAAGGACAACUGGCAGUUUCGCUGCAGCUGCAACAAAUGUUCCAUGCGCUUGCAUUCUGCGAGAAGCUGCGUAUAGCCAAGAAGCUACUCAAGCUCUAUAAGGAGGAGGAUUUUGCAAUGAAAAGCUACAAGCUGGAGGCUUGCCAGUUUGGUUACGAUUCUGCCCUGGAGCUAGGCGACAUAGACACCGCACCGCGAUUUGCUCGGCUGGGGCUCAGAUGCUCUCUGAUCUGUCAUGGCCGCAACCACGAUACCACCAAGGAGUGGAUGGAUGCAGUGCAGGCGUGGGGAAGCUAG